GAGAAUCCACUCCGUCUCCUGAUUUCAUUGCGCCCGACACCGACACUCCACCCACCCUUUUCUCCUUCCCCCUUCCCCCUUCCCCCUUUCCUGGUUUCCCCAAAUCUCAAAUUCUCAAAAUCUCAAGUCUCAGCCCUAACAAAUUAAUAUCAGCAUUCAGCACAUUCAGGAGCGUAGAAUCUCAAGUCUCGACUCUCCACUCACCAGCAGCGCAAAUAUAUAACCAGAGUUUGCUGCUGUUGUCUCCCUCGAAAAACUUCCAAGCUCUCUAACAAUUGAAGGAUGUCAAGCUCAAACAUCAUCAUGUUUGAAGAUAUUUUUGUUGUUGACAAACUAGAUCCUGACGGCAAAAAAUUUGACAAUGUGACCCGCAUUGAAGCACAUAGUCAGAACUGUGAUAUGUUCAUGCACCUUGAUGUGAACACUGAUGUAUACCCCAUGUUCGUGAAUGACAAAUUCACAAUGGCUUUGGCCCAUACGCUGAAUCUGGAUGGGACACCUGACACAGGCUAUUAUACUCAGGGAGGGAGAAAAACACUCGCUGACAAAUAUGAAUAUGUCAUGCAUGGGAAGCUAUAUCAGAUUCAAGAGGAAGGAUCAAGGAGGGCAACUCGAACGGAGAUGGUUAUUACAUUUGGUGGGCUUCUGAUGUUGUUGAAGGGAGAUCCUUCAUAUGUCUCUCAAUUCGAGCUUGAUCAGAGGCUAUUUUGUCUGAUCAGGAAGCUGUGAAACUCAGUAAUAUGUCCCUAUGUUUCCUGAACAUCACAAUCCAAUGUUCCUCAAAAUGUUGGUGAUUUAGUUUUCUUGUACCAUACUUAUUCUAACAUAUCUAUGUAGGGUUGUCCACUAAAACUGGGGUAUAUUCCCUAGAUUGGAUCGUACUAUCUGUGCUGCAUGAUAUUGUGUUCUCUCUCGAAAA